CACAAACAGGUGGCCGCGCACAUAGGCAGUGAGCAUCAUGAAGUAAUAUUUAAUUCUGAAGAAGGAAUUCAGGCAAUAGAGGACGUUAUCUUCUCUUUGGAAACAUAUGAUAUAACAACAGUAAGAGCUUCAAUUGGUAUGUAUCUUGUCUCCAAAUAUAUACGCAAGAAAACGGAUAGUGUGGUCAUUUUUUCAGGGGAAGGCUCAGAUGAGCUGACACAAGGAUAUAUCUAUUUCCAUAAGGCCCCCUCACCUGAAGAUGCUGCAGAAGAAAGUGAGAGGCUCCUGAAGGAGCUCUACCUGUUCGACGUGCUUCGUGCAGACAGGACUACUGCAGCCCAUGGUCUUGAACUGAGAGUCCCAUUUUUGGAUCACCGAUUUACUUCCUACUACUUAUCUCUACCAGCAGAAAUGCGAAUCCCAAAGAAUGGAAUUGAAAAAUAUCUUUUAAGACAGUCCUUUGAGGAUUCCAACUUGCUUCCCAAAGAAAUACUGUGGAGACCCAAAGAAGCUUUCAGUGACGGCAUAACAUCUGUAAAGAAAUCCUGGUUUUCUAUUCUUCAGGACUAUAUUGAUCAGCAGGUUGACGACCUCUUGUUGGAAAAGGCAGCAGAGAAAUAUCCUUUCAAUCCUCCUAAAACCAAAGAAAGUUAUUACUACCGCCAGAUCUUUGAAAAGCAUUACCCAGGGCAGAGCAGCUGGCUGCCCCACUACUGGAUGCCGAGAUGGAUUAAAGCCACCGACCCUUCCGCUCGCACGCUGAAGCACUACAAGUCGGCUGCCCAGGAAUAGGCUUGUGAAAUAAUUCCCCAAAGGGAAGUGCUGCAAGCAAUUUGAACGCACUCUGCUUUAAAAAAAAUCAGAUUAUGCAAACCUAAAGCUUUAAAUGGUAUUUAAGAUGUGUUUUGACAAUGUUUUUGGAAAUCGGAGCUCCCUGUGGUUAGUAUACUA